AUGACAUUGCCUUCAUUUGAAAGCAGUACGAUAAAAAAUAAUAUUUGUCAGUUAGUGUUCAACUAUAUUGUUGAAGAAAUGCGACCUUUAAUCACCUGUGAAAAACCAGCCUUUCAUCGGCUCAUUAAAGGACUAACAGGAAUUACUGACACAGCUUUACUUCCAAACCGUAAAACUAUAUCUAAAGAGUUAAAACUGAAGUAUAAUAAUUAUGUAUCUACAUUAACUAGUUUAAUUGAUAAACAAGAUUAUAUAUGUAACACUGCUGAUAUAUGGAGCGCAAAUAAUAAGAGUUUUAUGGGGAUGACUAGCCACUUUAUUGAUAGUAAAACCUAUAAACGGUAUUCAUAUGUAUUAGGUUGCAGAAGAAGAAAAGGUAGUCAUAACUUUUUAAACAUUGCUGAAGUCAUAAAUGAAAUCUCUGACACUUACCGAAUAAACAAUUCCAAAAUUACUCACAUUAUUACAGAUAAUGCUAGUAAUUUUGGUAAAGCUUUUCGCACUUUUUCUAAUGUUUCUACUAGUGGAUCUGAUUCUUAUAAUGUAGGUGACUUUAAUUCUGAAUUAGAAAUUGAUAGUGAUGUUUCAAAUAGUGAUUGUGAAAAUAAUACUAACGUUGAGUACACUAAUGUAGGUGAUUUGCUUUCGGAAUCAAAUAAUAUAUGUAAUCCUGACUCUGAUUAUGACAAUAUUUGUUUGCCCAAUCAUCUAACUUGUUGCGCUCAUACACUAAAUCUGAUAGCUACAACAGAUAUUGGUAAAAUUGACGAUAAAAAUUAUUUAAAAAUAUCUAAAAUUACUUUUAAUAAAUUAAAUUCAUUUUGGAAUCUUCUUGGUAGAAGUACCGUGGCAUUGGACAAGGUUUAUGAUUAUUGUAAUGUUAAAUUUCCAGUCCCGAUAGCGUCAAACAUAGAGUUCCAUCUAGUGAUUAUCGGGACGCGUAUUUACGUACCGUAUCCGAGUUCGGCCGCGGUAUUCAAUCCGCGCUUCUCAUUGGUCUAUUUGAAUUGCGCGCCACAAUAA